UUCACUAAUUUCUAAAUCCACAUUUAGUAAAUAUAGGAUAAAGUCACAAAUUCUAUGUACACACACUAUAAGUUCUCUAUACGUUCUGUUUGUAAGGAAUUUAAUAACAUUUCCGUAAUCUAUCUUUAUCCGAUGUAUAUCAGUGCUCAUCUGUCACCGAAAUAAAAUAUAAUUAUUUUCAUAUGUGCAAAUCAGUUUUACAUUUAAUAUAACCGUGUGCGCCUACGAGUUCCGAUUUUUAGGUAAAAAUUAUAGAUUUUGCGCAAACAAGUUGCAGCCAACUAAAUUAUAUAAUCUAAUACUUAUACCGAUAUGCCAAUUUAAAUAUCAAACCAAUCACCGGUAUAAUAUAGUUAUUGCAUUACUAUACUAUAAGUUAACAAAAGUUCAAAUAUGAAGACAAUUGAAAUUAUUAAUUUAGUGUUAUUUGUUGGUGUAUCGCAUGGCCUUCAUCAAAAUGUGGAAAACUCACAUUAUACAGAUUACAAAAAUCGCAUAUCAAAGGGAGCCCGUUGUAAAUAUGCAACAAACGAUGUCCAUGAAAAUGACAACAUUCAGGAUACAAGAACGUAUAAUUUUAUAAUAAGUGAUUUAUUAACUAAUAAUUCAGAUCCAAAUCCUUCUACAAUACCGUCACUUAUGAAGGAACCUGAAUCUACUGGACUCUUAAGCCCAGACGAUAUUAACCUUGCCGACAAAUGUUUUUCUAAGCCCGAUUGUGAUAUCGAGUAUCGGUUUAGAACUAUGGAUGGUAGUUGUAAUAACUUAGAUAAUCCAGUUUGGGGACAAGCUAAUACAGCAAACAUACGAAUUAUCCAAGCAAACUAUUCAGAUAAUAAUAGCGAAAUAAGAAAAGCGAAAUCGGGCAAUGAAUUACCAAAUGUCAGACACAUACGAACAACUGCUUUCAUAGAUAAAGAUUUUCCGGCACCAAGACAUAAUUCACUUAUGAUGCAAUUUGGUCAAAUUAUUACACACGAUACUGCAUUAUUGCUUUCCAAAACUACAUUAGACGAUAGCAGUCCGCUGGAAUGUUGCAAUCCAGAUGGUACUACCCCGGAAAAUCUACCAAAACAAUGUCUUAAUAUAACAAUCCCCGAGGACGAUUCUGGAUCGAAAAAACGAUGUUUAUCCAUUGCACGAACAGCUGACACAUCUGAUCUAGGGUGUGCGAUCAAACCAGUCAGACAACAAACUGGAGCUUCCAGUUUUCUUGACACUUCGUUAUUGUAUGGUCCGGAUAAUGACACAGCUAUGUUCUUACGGAAAUUGACUGACGGAGAGCUCAAAUAUCAAUUGGGACCCAAAGAUCAGGUAUUUUUACCCAAUGUCGAAAAUUCAACACAAUUUUGCAACGUGAACAAUGAAACAGCAGUAUGCUACUUUACAGGUGAUCCAAGAGUGAACCAACUUCCUGAUUUAGCAGUUGAGACGACUAGCUUUCUUAGACUACAUAACUAUUUAUGCAAAGAACUUAAAGACAUGAACCCAUCGUGGGACGACGAAUGCAUAUACCAAAAUGCAAGGAGAAUAGUUAUUGCAAUGUAUCAGCACGUUACAUAUAACGAAUACGUUCCGGAACUUUUAGGAAAAGAAUUUGCAAAGGCAAACAAAUUAUUACCAUUGACUGAAGGAUUUGACUACAAUUACAAUAAAUCUAUAAACCCUACUACAAUAACUAGUUUUACUGCUGCUGCAUUCAGAUCACAACAUAGCUAUAUACAAGGACGUAGAAAUUUGGUUGAUGAAUCCGGAAAUGUAACAUCGAAAAUACUCUUAAGAAAUUAUUACUUUAUACCUGAAAUAGUGCAAAUGAAAGAUAAUUAUGAUCAUUUAUCAAGGGGUUUACUAACUCAGAAUGCGCAAGAUCAAGAUCAAUUUUUUACAGAAGAGGUUAGUGAAUUCGCAUUCAGAACCCCAAACGAAAAAAACAGACUUGACUUGGUUAGCGUGGACAUGGAACGCGGUAGAGAUUAUGGAGUACCGCCCUACAAUAAAUUUAGAAAACUGUGUGGGUUGAGUGAGGCUAAAACCUUUGAAGACUUGACUGAUCAGAUAAGCAAAAAAAAAGUCAAUACCUUAAUUGAAUUAUACGAAGAUGUAGACGAUGUUGAUUAUUAUGUAGCUGGUCUUCUAGAAAAUAGAAAACCCGGAUCCGUGUUGGGUCAUACGUUUCAAUGUAUUGUCGGAGAAAUGUUUUACAGGUGGAAGUUUGGUGAUCGAUUUUAUUACGAAUUUGGAAAUCAAACGGGUUCUUUUAACUUAGAUCAACUCAAUGAAAUACGAAAAACUACAAUGGCAUACAUAAUGUGCAUCACAACAAAUAUUAGUAAUGUUCAAAGGAAUGCAUUUGUCGUACCGAAUAAAAAAAAAAAUCCAUUGGUACCUUGUGAUCUUAUACCCAAGCCCGAUUUUUCUGUUUGGAAAGAAAAAUAACUUAUAAGAAAAAAGUGUCGAUUUUGCAAUAAGUAAUCAACAUUUAUGAACUCUUCUUCAUUAUGAAAUACAAUAAUAA